UUUUUAUUUGCCGUACUGAUGGUUACAAUACAAUGGAAUUUAUGUGAGAAAGUGUCACCGAAACCAGGCCUGAAAUUAUUCAGAGAGGACUAUAAAAGCGUUGAAGAGACCUGUCUGGCUGUCGGGUUUGUCAGAAACAACUGUAGUACUUCUAAGACGAAUGAUCGGGUGAUUGCCUUUGAUGUUCGUUUAAAAGAUCAUAAAAGAAACCUUGCCGAGAAAGCACGGGUCGUGUUUGAAACGGUUGACCUAAACGAGGGACUGGGAUACAACAACUCUACCGGAAGCGGCGGGAUAUACGUGUUUGACUGGACAAUUCUAACAAUUCUAGGUCAAUACGCCCACACUUCUUUGGUCGUAAAUAACCAGCUCAAGUCUUGGAACCAUUGUCACGACAGGUUUUCGAAGACAUGGCUUCCUUGUAGCAAAAUGACGAUAGUGGAACUGAAACAAGGAGAUAAUGUUUGGAUCGGAGUUUUCACUGGUCCAUCUAAUAUUUAUAAACAGUAUACAUCAUUUUCUGGUUAUAAACUGUAA